AUGGCACUCCCUGGGGAGACACCCCAGCUCAUCAUUGAGGACCAGGACCUGAAGGCACGAGAGCAGAAACACCCUCCUCAGGAAGAACUAAGGAGCAAAUCCAAGAUCUGUGCCAAUGUGUUUUGCGGAGCCGGCCGGGAAUGUGCAGUCACAGAGAAGGGAGAGCCCACCUGCCUCUGCAUUGAGCAAUGCAAACCUCACAAGAGGCCUGUGUGUGGCAGCAACGGCAAGACCUACCUCAACCACUGUGAGCUGCAUCGAGAUGCCUGCCUCACUGGAUCCAAAAUCCAGGUCGACUACGAUGGACACUGCAAAGAAAAGAAAUCUGUAGGUCCAUCUGCCAGCCCAGUCGUUUGCUAUCAGUCCAAUCGCGAUGAGCUCCGGCGUCGCAUCAUCCAGUGGCUGGAAGCAGAGAUCAUUCCAGACGGCUGGUUCUCUAAAGGCAGCAACUACAGUGAAAUCCUGGACAAGUACUUCAAGAAUUUUGAUAAUGGUGACUCUCGCUUGGACUCCAGUGAGUUCCUGAAAUUUGUGGAGCAGAAUGAAACCGCCAUCAACAUCACCACCUAUGCAGACCAGGAGAACAACAAGCUGCUUAGAGGACUCUGUGUCGAUGCUCUCAUUGAGCUGUCUGAUGAAAAUGCUGACUGGAAACUCAGCUUCCAAGAGUUCCUCAAGUGCCUCAAUCCGUCCUUCAACCCUCCAGAGAAGAAGUGUGCCCUGGAGGAUGAAAUGUACGCCGAUGGAGCUGAGACCGAGGUGGACUGUAACCGCUGCGUCUGUGCCUGUGGAAACUGGGUCUGCACAGCCAUGACCUGUGACGAAAAGAAUCAGAAGAGGGCCCAGACCCAGACAGAGGAGGAGAUGACCAGAUAUGUCCAAGAGCUCCAAAAGCACCAGGAAACAGCUGAAAAGACCAAGAGAGUGAGCACCAAAGAGAUCUAGUGAGGAGGCACCUGGGAAGGUGUCCAGAGCCCGGCACCUUCUCCUCCACUUCAGUAUACACAAGUGUCUGCUACAAUCGCCAAAUCACCAGUAUUUGCUUGUAUAGCAACAAGUUUUAUUUCGUCUAUUUGUUUUGCAAUAAAGGAAACGGGGGUGGCUGGCUAGGAGGGGAAGGGCCAUAGCCUUCAUUUCUAGGAGUGAUUUAAGAGAAACUGUAUAAAUGGGGCUCGGGGGCUGGAGGCAAGUAAGGAAACUGCAUCAGGGUUGGGAGAGGAGCGGACCCAGAUCUGAACCACUUCCGAGUCUACCGCAGCUCUAAACACGCUGCAGGGAGGCAAGCAGUGCCAGAGAGAACUUAGCAGACUAUCCCUAGAGGAGGGAUUUGGGAAGCUCAGUGGAGAAGAACGCAUUCUGCUUCCAGCCCUUUCCAGUCGGCAUAAGACUCCAGCGUCUUUGUUUCUCAUGGCCCCAACCACUGCCUCUAGAUACACAGCCAUUGGCUAGUUACCCAGUGUCCCUCAUACUUGAUGGAGUUUCUGGGAGGGUGCACCCAAAUGAUGCAGAUACUUGUGGACUUCCAGCCCCUUAGAGACCCAACCAAAUUUUAAAAAUACUUUUUACCAAAGGUGCUAUUUUUCUGUAAAACUUUUUUGGCAAGUUGACUUUAUUUUUCAAUUAUUAUCAUUAUGUUAUUGUUGUUCUUUUAUAUUUUAUUUUCUUGACUAGAAAUUAAGCUUUUGUAAUUAUUUUUCAGUAGUCCUACCAUUUCAGAGGUGGGGGAGUUUGGGUUCUUCCUGGUGCAGGGACCGCUCUAACCCAGACCUCCCACCCUGCCGCAUACUAGCUGCAGCCCAGAGACUGCCCCCUGGCUCCCAGUGGGUCAGCAAUCUGUCCCAGGAGCAGUGGACGCCUCAGCCAGAAGCCAGGGGAAGAGAAGCGUCCCCAUACACGCUUUCAAGAUCCAAAAGCUAAUUUGUUUUCAAUUAUUCUAAGUUCAUGCUAGUCAGUAUUUCAAAGGAUGGAGACAAGUGCAGCCAAAGCAAGGCUUAGAUAUCCCAGCCUAUCAAAGUGCUCGUUGAUCCACCGCUAACUAGGAGAGUGACUUUGGCCCUGGCUCUUUCUAUUUCUGGGCCUCGGUUUCCUCAGUGAGCAGGUAGGAAUGCAUUAGCCUUUCGAUUUCAUAAGUUGUAAAGUCUGUGGUUCUGAUCAUUGGUCCAGAGGAGACAGGUUCCUGUGAUUUUCCUUCUUAGGACAAAUGCAAACUUGUUAUAAGAAGAAGAUUCGGAUAGCCAACAACAAGCUGACCAAGUUUGACCUCAGUGAACGGCCCCACGGGUUGUGCGGUGUGGGACGCAGAGCCCUCUGGGAUAAACCCUGCCCUGGGAAAGAGUGGGAAGAGAACCAGUCCACUUGGUCUUCACUUUUGCAUUUCCUUUUAAACCUUCUUGAAAACAGAAAUGGCUUUCCAUUUAGAGAUGAGGACAAAAGGAAGUUUCCCAUUUCAAGAGAGGAAAAGUGGAAAUUUAAUGUUAACAUUGUUAUUGGUGAGCAGUUAGUCUUUCCUAUGUCUUUUGGCCUGUGUCCUUAUUAACCCCACUCAAUACCAUACUUAACAAGCAUUUGGAAUAACAGAGAUUUAAAACUUGACAUAAGAUCUCAUUUUCAGACCAUUAGAAGGAAAUUAUGUAGAUUGUACUGCACAGGCAACUCUGAGAAAGUUGUACUGAAAAUGGAAUUUCUUCUAAACAAUGUCCUUAUUCUCCUUUGAAAGGAGAACAUUCCACUUUGUUUAGAAUUUUGAGCAUUUAUCGACAUCCCACUGAAACGCUCCCCUGCAACCCUACUUGUGCUGUCUGAAAGGCACCUCCCUGCCCGAGUGCCUUGGAGAACCCCGGCAGGACGGCUUGAUCAAGUUUGCCAACACUCGGACACUAUGGGAAUGAGAGCAGGAAUACCAGUUUGUUUAAAGCAAGAAAUCAGAGAGUCUUCUCACCUGUUACAUUUAGGACAAUGGUUGCCAUCCAAGACUUAACCUACCCUACAACACUGAAUUCCUAAGAGCAAAUCUGCGUUCCUCCUGCAAAUAGGGAAGCUAUUACCUGCACCACAGAAUCAUGUGAUCUGAUGACCAUUCAUGGAAAGCUGCUAAGUAGCCUAGUCUGGGGAGUCUUACAUGGAGCAAAUAAACAGGAUUAAAUUGGGUUCCGUCCCUCCAGCUCUCUAAAAGCACAAGGCUUAGUCUGCAAGCUUCCUUGGGCUUUCUCUGUGUGUAUAGUAUUUUAUAAACAUAUUAAUUACAGCAUCUGUUAUUAUAGACAUGUACUCCCCACUGGUGUCCAUGGAGACCUCCCAUGCCAUGACUCAACUCCAUCACUGUUUUUGGAAAGCAGGGCUCCUCCACCUGCCAGUAAGUCCAUGUGAACCAGUCUGAAUGUCUUUCCUUUACACUUAUGUUUUUAAAUAGUCAAAUUUCAAGAAGCAAUUUAAACAGGUUUCUGUUGCCUAUGUGUUUGUGAAAUGUAUUUGUAUUUAGUAGGCUUCCAUAUUGCAUUUAACUUGUUUUUGUAACUCCUGAUUCUUUUUUUUU